AUGGACAACUUCAUUGUCUAUCUCUGUGUUUGUUAUGUCUGCUGGGUUGUACACCAUCCCUCCACCCUCUCUGACCUUACAUCGUCCGCGUGCACAGUUGAGAACUGCCCAGGAACCAUAUACAAGGAAAAAUGGCUGGCAAACAGGAAGCUCAAGUGCACACCGGUCAAGAUCAUCCCUUACGUCCCUCUCGAAUUUGCCAUCCAGUGCCUCCUCCUGUAUCCAGGCAAGUGGGAGGAGCUUCAGCAUUGGAGACAGCCCGGCAACGAGCCUGGUGCUGUCCCACCUGUUACAGACACUGGCUUUGACGCCUUCCCCGAUCUGUUGCAGCCCAUGACCAACAUCUACAACGGGUGUCUUGAAUGGCUUGGGACCUCCCCCCUUGGUCCUCUGUCGCUUGUGUCAGAUGCGCUGCUUUGCUUGCCUGGCCCCCUCCAUUCCCUCCCUGUCCUCUGCCCCUUCCAUCUCCUCUACCCCUCCUGCCUCCUCUACCUCGUCCUCUGUCUGCCACGCCUCGUCCCUGCCCACAUCCAGGUCCAGGGCCAGCUCCACCAGAGCCCACUCCAUCAGGCUCAGGCACUGCAGGCACUGUAUCAUGGCUCUGUGGCUCUGUUGCAGGGACUUGGACACUUUUGGGCAUUGUGA